AUGGUGUUUGGCAACACUGAGCCCUCACCGACACGGACCCACUUCAGCAGCAGCCUCGGUGUCACGUUAGAUUUUAUAUUUGACAAACAGACACAGCAUUUGGUUCGCUCUAUAAAUGCGCGUCUCUCUCUCGGGUGCGCCCCUUUUGGACACGCCCCCCCUGCUGCUUCCCAGUCUGCGUCUGGCCAGGCUGACGAGGGGCUGCCUUACACUCUGCAGCCGCGACUGCGCGCGCACUCUGUCAUAGGAGCUGAGGUUCCAUGUGGGUGCACUGGUGACCCCUGGUGGUGGUGUUUGAGCCGAACGGUCUAG